UUUAUCUAUGUAUUUUAUUUUGUGAGAUAUUUUGCGGCUGUUCAACAAUAGUUUCGUUAGCUCAAACUAUUUAUUUAAUUUCAUAAAGUAAAAUAUGGAAUUUACAAUAAAUCAUUAUUUCAGUAAGCAGAGUAGCCGCUGUGGCUAUUGUAAAGGCUUAAAAACAUCGGUGUCCCAUGGUAUGCAUUCAUACACAAUGUUUCCACAAGAUUACCAGGAGUUGAUCGAUCGCGGCUGGCGCCGUUCCGGUCUUUAUUGUUAUAAACCACUGAAUAAUGAAACCUGUUGUCCUUGUUAUACAAUCAAAUGUGAUGCGUUGGAAUUCAAACUYACUAAAUCGCAUAAGAAAAUUUUGAAACGCAUGACGCGUUUUAUUCGUGAUGGUAAAAAAGAUAAAAACGAAGAUUCGAUAGCAACCAGCACAGCCAAACAGGUUAACGCGGAUGAUGGGGCAGUUGGCGGUGCAGAUAAUGAAAUGGAUAYUAUGGGUGGAAUAAGUGACGAACCGCGAGAACCAAAUUUACCUAUUACUGAUGUCGAUCUAGCAGUUGUGGCAGCCUCCAAUCCSGAAAAGCAUGAGGCAGCGCGCAAAAAACAUGAACACUUCAAUGAUCAGACGGUGUCGCCAACAAAAWGUAUUAAUACCACACCUACAGAAAGUGCGGAUGUGGCAGAUGGUCAAAUUGCAGCUAAGAAAUCACACGAUGGCAUAAACGUACAACGGAAGAAAGCUAAGAUACUCCGUCUGGAGCGCAGGCAAGCAAAAAUUGCCGCUAAGGGUGUACAACAAACGGAAGAUACAAAAACCACAAGAAAAAAGCAAAAAAAUUCUCAAGAGAAGACGCUUGCCGACUAUUUUGCCGAUGUCCAACCGAAUGACAAACACAAAUUACAGUUAAAACUGGUACAAGUUAAAAGCCAACAAUUUAAGGAUACGCUAGAUACGACAUAUGCGCUUUACCAGAAGUAUCAAACAAUCGUACACAAUGAUCCACCUACUCUUAUUAGUGAUUAUUUGGAAUUUUUACAAGAGUCACCAAUCAAGCAUACGAAAACACGUGAUGGUCCCGCAGUCGGUUAUGGCUCGUUUCAUCAACAAUAUUGGUUGGACGAUAAGCUUAUAGCAGUCGCUGUAAUUGACAUACUGCCAUAUUGUGUUAGUUCAGUAUACUUUUUCUAUGAUCCAGACUAUAGCUUCUUGUCCUUGGGUACCUAUGGUUCUCUGAGAGAAAUUGAUCUUGUCCAGCAAUUGGCUGACAAAGUGCCCGCUCUUAAGUACUACUAUAUGGGUUUCUACAUACAUUCUUGCCCCAAAAUGCGUUAUAAGGGCCGUUUGACGCCCUCAUAUCUACUAUGCCCCGAGGUGUACACUUGGCAUCUGUUGACUGAUGAAAUUCGUUAUAAAUUAAAUCAAAAUAAGUAUCAACGUUUUAAUGAGAAUGCCAGCGCUAAAGAUGCGGAGAAUUUUCAAGAAUCGGACUUAAACAAAGCUGUGCUCUUAUACGACAACACUUAUUUAACUUAUCGACAGUACAUUCAGUCAUUGAAAAUACCCAGCAUUGACAACAUGUUGGACAUCAUAAGGAGCAGAAUUUACAAAAAGAUCACUGGUGAUGAUGAUGAUCGGGAUUUAAUAAUAGAAUACGGCAAACUGGUCGGAAAGUCACUGGCCCAUCGUAUGCUCUAUGUCAAAACUUAAAGUUGGCAACCUAACUUUGUAUUUGUAAAUAAUAUUUGAAUUUAUGGCAUAAUUUCUUUGAAUACAGUUGAACUGUUUAACUAAAUUUAUGCUUAUUGUGAAUUAAUAGUUUUUUUUAAACAUUAUCAUGUAUAAUACUAAAAAUGCUAUUGUUUUAUUUGAAAUCACKGUUUAGCAAAAACGAA